UGAAAGUUUGUAGCAAAGUUAACGAACAUUUGCCUUUAUCUACACGUGGCAUUUCCUUUCAUUGACAUUUUUCUUUCGUACGUGAAUAGUUGUUUAUGCACGUCCACAUAGAAAUAAUUCAGCUGAAGUUGCCCAAAAGUGCUCAGUAAACCAAAUAGUCCAAACAGGGCAUAAAGAAGAAGUGCCUUUCAGAUAAGAUGUCCUCCUCCACUACCCCUUAUGUCCUCCUAAAUACGGGGGUUCAGAUGCCCCUCCUGGGUUUGGGGACCUACAAGUUGGUGGCUCCUGAUGAUGUCUACCUGGCUGUGGAUGCAGCACUGGUUGCUGGUUAUCGGGCCUUUGAUAGUGCAGCUGUCUAUGAGAAUGAAGCCGCUUUGGGCCGAGCCCUGAAGGAGCUCCUGCCCAAACAUGGCUUAACCAGAGAGGAUGUAUUCAUAACAAGUAAACUGGGCUCCAAGGAUCAGGGUGAGAGGACCAUGGAAGGAGCCCUCGACAGCCUGUCUCAGCUGGACCUGGGUUACAUUGACCUCUACCUGAUCCACUGGCCGGGCACACAGGGUCUGGCAGUGUCUGACCAACGCAACCCAGGCAACAGAGCUCAGAGUUGGGCCACAUUGGAGGAGCUGCAUGCCCAGGGGAAGCUGAAGGCCAUAGGAGUGUCCAACUACACACCAGCACACAUGAGAGAACUGAUGAAGAGCUGCAAAAUCCCUCCUGCAGUGCUACAGGUAGAAUUUCACCCACGGCUGUGCCAGACAGAGCUGAGGAGUGUGUGUGAGGAGUAUGGAGUGUGUUUUCAAGCCUACUCCUCCUUAGGAAAAGGAGCUCUGGUCACUGACCCUGUGGUCAUGGAGGUGGCCAAGAGUUGUGAACGCACACCUGCACAGGUGCUGUUGCGCUGGGCUGUGCAGCAGGGUGUCCCAGUGCUCCCCAAGUCUUCGAAUCCAGACAGGAUAAAGGACAAUGCCGCGCUUUUUGACUUCACACUGAGUGACACGGACAUGGACAGACUGUCGGCUUUGGACUGUGGGCAAAAGUACUGCAGGGAUUCAUCCGAAGUGGUUUAACAGACCACUGGGAACAAACUUCAUCCUCCAUGAUGCCGUUUUAACGCUGUUGUUACUCAGAUCUGACUGGUAGUAAUGCAGUGCUGGGAAACCACCACCAGAAAAAGUGGGAAAUUGGAGUUUAGACACAGACAUCUCGGUCAAUGAAAACUCUCUGGUUUGCCAGCAGAUUUUCCAGAACAAAUGCUCUGGGCUAAUGUAUUGAGAAUUUAGAUAAAUGUAUGUACUGAGACAUCUGAGAGCGCAAGUAACAUUUUGGAUGAAUCGCUGGGGGCCUUUUCAGCCAGUAACCUCUAUUUGUGAUGCCUACUGACCAAAAACGUUUUCUGUUAAUUAGACAUUGUCAGUUUGCCAUCAUUUUAGAACUAUCUCCAUAUUCUUUGUUGCCUGAUACUGUUCUUUAAUCUUAUUCUUACAAAUGAAAAGUAUGGCUCAUGUGUUCGCUUUAUUGUUUCAACUGUCUAUGAUUUGUCUCAAAUUUGCAAUGAAAAAAUUAUGAAAUCUGUUCUCUGUACUGGAGAAUUUUACAAGAAUUACAUAAGAGACAGACUUAAAAAACACUUUUUAAAUGGUUUAUUGAGGACAGCAUGCACCAGAAGUUUUACAGCUGUAUUUACAAA